AUGCUGCUCACCAAAAGGUUCUCAAAGCUGUUCAAGCUGGCGUUCAUAGCUCUGUUACUGUGCGGCCUGUUCGUCGUCACCAACAAAUACAUGGACGAGAAUACGUCCGUCAAGGAUUACAAGUCGCACUUACAGAAUUACAUCGACUCCUACGCUAAUAAGGACUCUUCUUCCCCUGAGGAUGCCGCCGCCGCUGAUGAUGCGACCUCGUUGAAGGGCAACGAUAAGGUAAGCACUGAAAAGCUGAAAAACUUCUAUAACAAUGUCUUCAACUUUUUGAUGCUGGACUCGCCUUCUGGAAAAUCUGCAAGAACCUAUAACGAGAAGUGUCCCUUGAAGGGUGACAUCGGAGACCGUCCUGACCAAUACAAGGAUCUUUACAAGUUGUCUGCCAAGGAGUUGGCCAAAUGCUUGGAAUUGUCACCCGAUGAAGUAUCAAAACUGCAAAAAAGCCAUAAGGACUACGUGGAACACAUAGCCUCGCUAAUUCUACCAAAGGGCACUUACAAGGGCUCCGGUAUAGCCACAGUGGGUGGUGGUAAGUUCUCGCUCAUGGCCUUUCUGAUCAUCAAGACGCUGAGAAAUAUGGGGACCACUCUACCCGUAGAAGUGCUCAUCCCUCCAGGCGAUGAAGGUGAAACCGAGUUCUGUAGCAAAAUCUUGCCCAAGUACAAUGCCAAAUGUAUCUACGUCUCAGAUAUCUUGCCAUUGGAGACGAUUGAAAAAUUCGCCUUUAAAGGUUACCAGUUCAAGUCCCUGGCGCUUAUCGCUUCUAGUUUUGAAAAUUUGCUACUUUUGGAUGCUGAUAAUUUCCCCAUAAAACGUCUAGACAACAUCUUUCAAGAAGAACCAUAUGUAUCAACAGGUUUGGUCAUGUGGCCCGAUUUCUGGAGACGCACUACCCACCCGUUAUACUACGACAUUGCCGGUAUCCCUGUCAACAAGGAAAAAAGAGUGCGUAACUCCCAAGACGAUAUCACCCCACCCGCUGUUUACACAAAGAACUUGAACGAUCUGGAUGCUGUCCCGCUGAGUGAUAUGGAAGGUACAAUGCCCGAUGUUUCCACGGAGUCCGGCCAGUUGAUGAUAAACAAGUCCAAGCAUCUGGCCACAGCCCUGUUAUCUUUGUUCUACAACGUCAAUGGUCCAAACUGGUACUACCCAAUCUUCUCCCAAAAGGCUGCUGGUGAAGGUGAUAAAGAAACGUUCAUUGCCGCAGCUAACUUCUAUGGCCUACCAUUCUACCAGGUCAAAACUAAGACAGGUGUCGAAGGCUAUCACGAUGCUGAAGGAUUUCAUGGUGUAGCAAUGUUACAGCAUGAUUUUGUACAGGACUACAGCCGUUACCUGGCCGCUUCUAAGAGCAUCAAUAACAAGUACAAAGAUGCGAUCAUCAAAUCAUCCGCGCCAAUAAAGUUUGACAAGGACUACUCCUUAGAAAAAUAUAUCAAAGAAUUUUUCGAUAACGAAGACUUGCAUGCCAAGAAUCAUGUGGACGUCAUGUUUAUUCACUCGAACUUGCCAAAGUUCGAUCCUAAGACUCUAUCCGAAACCAAUUUCUUAACUAUGGAUAACAAACCUGCCCGUUCGUUCACUUCCUUAGAGAAAAUACAUAAAUACGACAUUGAACUGUUUAAUUUCAGAGCUCUGCAUGAAUACGUUUGUGUCAACAAAAAUCCUUUCAAGUACUUGGAUGAUUCUUUGGGUAAAAAUAAAAAAGAAUGGAAAAGAAUGUGUGAUUACAUCGCCGAGAGACUGGAAUUUUUAGAAUCUACCCACGAAAAGGCGAUCGCCGGUAACUAA